GGCGGAAAUGCAUUCGAAAAAGAGGAAGAAGAAAACAGGCUGAGGAAGAGUAACUAAGGGACAGCAGUCUGACUUCACCAAGGUGUAACACUUAGGUGUGUGGUUGUUGAAGUCAUAGAAGAACAUCAGCUGUCUGACCAAAAAACAUGACUUCAACACAAAAGGAAGCACAUCUACAGGUUAACGUAAAGCAGGAGGAUGGGGAAUCAGACUGUUCAUCUUCAUGGUGUCAGGAAACACAGCUGAAUGCUGAAAUAAAACAAGAAGAACAGGAAACGGACUGGACGUAUUCCAUGUAUGAGGAUACAGAGUUAAAGGUUGAAGUAAAGCAGGAGGAUGAGGAGGAAACAAACUCUUCAGGCUUUCAGGAAACACAGCUGCAGGUUGAAGUCAAGCACGAGGAUGAGGAAAAAGACUUUUCAUCUUCAUGGUUUGAGCUUUCUGCUCGGUUAUUCUAUGCAAAGAGGGGGACUGUUGUUGUGCCUGCCCACCCGGCUAUCAGUGACGACGAGGACCCUGAGGAGGAAGAGGACAACAUGGCAGACCCAGACCCACACCCCGAGUUCUUCUCAUCCACCUAUGACCUGUACACUCCACAACCAGGUGAUGAGGGUAUCUCUGCCAAGAGGAAGCGCAUGCAGCCUGCAGUGGAGGUGCUUGAGGAUGAGGAAGACGAUGACAUCGAAAACAACAAUGAGGACAAAGACCAGCCAGUGCCACAUCCUAUGACAUCCACCAAGAAGAGAAAGUUAGCAGCCAGGCAAACCACUUGGAAGAAGAUUGACCUGGACAACCCAUCUCUACCUGAGUACCUUCACUUCCCCCCAGACUUUGUAGGGACUCCAUUCCAUUACUUCAGGAGGUACUUCAGCCCCCAAGUCAUAAGCCACAUAACAUACCAAACCAACUUAUAUGCAAGCCAAAGGGACGUCAAUACUACCUUCACUACCACUGAAGAGGAGAUGAUGCACUUUGUGGCAAUCCUAAUCUACAUGGGGAUUGCUGAGCUCCCCUCCAUUGAUGACUACUGGGCAGUAGUCACACGGGUCCCUCAAAUUGCAAACCUCAUGUCAUCUAAGAGGUUCAGGCUGAUGAACAGGAUUGUCCACUUCAACGACAACACUCAGGUCCCUGGCACCAUUGACCGAUUCUUCAAGAUCCGUCCGCUGUUCAACUUCUUGAAUAGAGCAUUCCGGAGUGAGCCACAGACCCCAAAGCAAUCUGUGGAUGAGAUCAUGGUUGCCUACAAAGACAAGACGACAGGCAACCUAAGGCAGUACAUCAAGAACAAGCUGGACAAAAGGGGAAUCAAGUUGUUUGCCAGGGCUUCUCAGGAUGGCUUCAUUCAUGACAUAGUGCUAUACCAGGGGAAGACUACACUGGAAGCCCACGAUGUCCCUAUAACGCCUGAACAAGAAGCCAUGGAUGCACCUAGUCAGAUAGUUGCUGCCCUAGCCAAGACAAUGUCUACCCCCAGCAUCUCUGCCAUCUUUGCAGGUAACUUCUUCACCAGCCUGGAGCUGGUGCGGUACCUAAAGGACAGGAACUGCAGGUACACAGGGACAGCUAGCAAUAACAGAGUAGGUAUGGUUCCUCUCCAGUCCAUUGAGGAGAUGGAGAUGAAGGCAGUGCCUUGUGGAACCUUUGACUAUGUCACCAGUGAUGAUGGGAUCCUUGCUCUUCGGUGGAAGGACAACAAAAUUGUCACUGUGCUCUCAACAGACAUGGGGGUGCAGCCACUGUCCUCAGUCUGCUUUUACUGCAGUGACACCAAGAGAAAAGAGGAAGUGAGUUGCCCUGCUGUUAUCAAAAGCUACAGUGUCAACAUGAGUGGAAUUGAGAAGAGCGAUAUGCUGGUCCAUCUCUUCCGUACCCCUAUGAAAUCCAAAAGGUGGUACAUGCAGCUGUUUGCAUUUGCAAUUGAUGUCAGCCUCACAAAUGCCUGGAUAAUGUAUAAGCGGGACUGCAAGGCUCUUGCUAUGGAUGCCAUGUCACUAAAAAAUUUCAGGAUUGAAGUGUUCAGGGCUGCCAGCAGCCAGAAGCCACUUGUGUCACGGCCUCGAGGGGCCUCGAUCUCUCAAGGCAUCAACCCCCUUGUCGAUGUCCCCACACCUAUCAGAGGACACCGCAGUCACAUUCCAGAUGACUGUGUGCGGUUUGACGUGUCCCUGUUCCAUGCCCCUGUCUACACAUCCCGCCAGACCUGUAAGUACUGCAGCAAGAAGGGUCACAUCUUGAGGUCAAAUGUAAUCUGCAGGGUCUGCAAGGUCCACCUGUGCCUCAAUGGUGUGCGCAAUUGCUUCAUCAAGUACCAUGAAGCCAUUAUCUAAGUGACUGUACUGGGUUGGACUCACAUUAUAUAUUUAAUAUUCGUUCAGUCUUUCAUUUUUUAUUUCAAUCAUUCAUGAAUCAGUUGGCCAAAGGUUUGGACUGUUCUUAAGUUUGAUAUGUGUUCAAUAUUGAAGACAAAAGUAUUUUUGUAUUUUGACACAUUUUUAAGUGUUAAUAAAUAUUCCUUUAACUAUG